AUAUCCAUCCACCCUGAAGUCCUCACACCCCGACAAAAGGGGACAGGACCAACUGGAUUAGGCAAUGAGGAGUGCUCGACACGGAAUCAUCUCAUUUCGGCUCUGUUCUGUCCAGAUUGAAAGGAUCUGAUCAGGGUGCUGUGUCAGGGCAGCAGAUACUGGGAAGACGGAGAGGAGACCGAGAACUGAAUUGAUGUCGUAGCGCAUUUCAUAAAAGAAACAGAAGAAACCGCAUCAGUAAAAGCCACAGUUACACGCGGACAGGACCUGGGGGACGAUUUCUCACACUCUAGCGAUGUCUGAGGCGUUGUCACAGCAGGAGAGGCUCCAGGCUAUAGCAGAGAAGAGAAAGAAACAAACAGAGAUAGAAAACAAAAAAAGGCAACUGGAGGAUGACCGCAGACAGCUGCAGCACCUCAAGUCAAAGGCACUGAGGGAGAGAUGGCUGCUAGAUGGAGCGCCCUCUGCUGGCUCGGAGGAAGACGAAGCAAAGAAACAGCUUCAAGAAGAUGAAGCCAAAACUAAAGGACUCGAGGAGGCUAUUCUGAGACUGGAACAGGAACUGGAGGAGUUGGAGACAGGUGUGUCCGCAACGUCCACCAAAGAAAACCUGUCCGAUGCAGCCCAGCAAGAGGAAAGCAAGACUGUAGACAACAUGGUCAUGGGAGACUCCAUUAAAGAGGUCAGAGAGAUCAAAGUUCACCUCAGUCCUCGUCUGGAGAAAUCCAGGGGUGACUCUGACAUGAUGAGAGCAGCGAUGUACUCCGUAGAGAUCACGGUUGAGAAGGACCUGGUCACAGGCGAGACCAAAGUCUUGUCCACCAACACACUACUGCCCAAAGAUUUCUCUCAUCAGGGGGUCAAAGUGUAUGAGGAUGAACAGAAAGUGGUGCACGAGGUGCGUGGGACAGACGGCCCACUGACCAACGGCAUUCACCAGCUCAGCUCGUCCGAAGUGGAGGAACUCAUCCACAAGGCCGACGAGGCCUCCGUAAGCGACGGCAGCAAAGCCACACCCCAAAGGGCGGUGGAGGAAGCCGCGAAGCUUGAAGCGGGAACGGAACAAGUUGGGGUUACUCCAGUCAAAGAGAUCACGGGCGUCGAAGCCAAACCAUCGCCGGCCGUGCCCCAGACCGACGUAAACGACGCCAGCGCGGAGAAGCCGGUCACUAUGGUGUUCAUGGGCUACCAGGACGUGGAGGACGAGGACGAGACGAAGAAGGUACUCGGGCUCGAAAGCACUACCGUCAAGGCCGAGCUGGUAGUCAUCGAGGACGGAGAAAACAAGAACGGAGCCAAGGAGGACCAGGCGCCACCCAACGGAGGCCCGGCUGAGCCAGCAAAAGCCCAGGAAGAGAAAGGCGAAGAGGGCGACCCUGAGGCCGGCGCCGCCGAAAUGAAAAGCAAAGAAAAGCAGCCUUGCAAAUGCUGUACCAUCAUGUGAAAGACUCCUCCAUGGGGGAACUUGGAACUUUGGUUUCUCAGAUUGGUGCAUCGCAUCACCUCACAGACAAAAUAAUACCAACAAAACCGAGAGGGGAGAAAAAAUCUCGCAUCUUUUGAUAGAAAGCUCUUGUUUUCUUACUUCAUUUCUACCAGUUUUCUAUUUUACUUUAUUAUCCCCCCCCAUUUUCCGUUGUUCCUGUCAUAUUCUUUAGCCUCCUCCGGAUUCGGUUUAGUUGCGACUAAGACAAAAGCUGUUACGCGAGUGGCGCCUGAUACUUUCAGCAAGAGAGGUUUGCAGAUGAAGCAUCAUUAGCUCAACAGACCCGUGUUUGUUUUUGACUUUUUCACCUUGGCGUAAGAAAGACUCAGAUAUCACUGCAACUAUAUGAUAUACAGUAUAUGAAUCAUUUAGGGUUAAUAUAUAUUUAUUUCACGUUCCUUUAUCAAGCGCCCUAACAUUUUAUCAUUAUUCUUAUUUUUAUUAUUCUUUUUUUUUUUUUUUUUUUUGCAGAAGCAUGGUGUGUGAAGUGUUCUCUGGUCCUGUUAUUGCAUUUUAUCUCCCUCCAAAAAAUGGGUGAGAGGGACUGCCGGGGUAGUUCGGAGGCUGAUCGUCUCAAAAUCGUGCAUAAUUCUGCAUUUAUGACUCAUUGAGCUGUGAGUGUUUUCCUUAUACUAGAGGACGAGGACGUGUAAUGGGAUUUCAGUAGUGGAGAUGCUUAGCGGUCUGACUUCAACCUUAAUAUGGCAAAUCUGUGUGGGUGUGUGUGUGUGUGUGUGUGUGUGUGGGUAUUAUUUGAACACUCAACCACUUCUGUCUUAUGUCCGGCAUUGCCAUAAAAGUCACACAUUCAGUGGCACUGCAGACCCUCGCAUUUACUAAUACUAGAUGUUUUAAUGCCCCCAACACCCCGCCCCCCCUCCCCCUCCCCCCCCCCCCCCCCCCCUCCCACUGCAUUCCUUUUCAAAAAAAAAAAUUAUAAAAAAAUCUUAAAUCUGCUUAGCCUCUUUGGCUUGGAUGGGUGAUAAAGGCACUGCCUUCUUUUUCUUCUUCAUUUUUUUUCUCUCCCAGUUUUAAUUAAACCAAGUCAGUAGCUGCCGACGCAGCGAACCGCCAAAGUCCAGAGUGGCAUCCUGAACAUGCCGAUAUACACUGCCUUUAAUCUCGUCUCGGGCAGAACCCAUCCACUCGUUCGAAUAAACGAUUCGUUCGCAGGAGCCGAACCUAUGCAAGAACACUCACGCACGCGAGUCAGCGUCAGCAAAGUCAUUACGUUCAGUAAAGAAAGAAGAGUGUCGUGGUGGUAGUGUCCAUGCGUCCGAGUCACUCUUCUCCGAUCUGUCGCCUCACUGAUGCUGAAUAUAGUAUAAUAUCAAAUCUUAUAGAUAAUAUCUCGUGAUCCUGUGUCAGAAAAGCCACUUUAGAAACAAGAAGUUGGUGAUUUCUUUCUUUCUUUCUUUCUUUUUUAAAUAAGAAGAAUAAUAAUAAGAGGAAGUGGUGCCGUGACCCUUUAAAAAUCGGCUAGCUAUUUAUGUCAAAUUCCUCAUCGGAUGGCGUGGUUCGUCCUCUGAGAACUGAUUAAAGAUUCUUGCGGUGCUAAUCGGUCCAGACGGUCACGCGGCAACGUUAUUUGUUUUGUGAAACCAGCAAGGCUAGUAUCCCCGUAGCAUUAGCUACAAGUGCCAUCAGUAUCGCAGCGCAUCAGCUUUCGCACCAGAUUUUAUUUUUAAACGUAUGUCAUUCUUAUUGCUAAUAUUUUUUUUGCGUCGUUAUAUUCAUUUAUUAUCUGUAAACAUAAUAGUGAAGUACAUUAUCAGAUAACCUAGUAAUACGUAGGAGUAUGAAGCUGCGCUGCGCUUUUUUCACUGCCGCUACCGCAGUAGUUGGGAGGUAACCGGUGGGUGGCUUGGUAGUGCGCAAGUGUAUUGGUAUGUAUCUGUGCGAGCGCGUGUGUGUGUGUGUGUGUGUGUGUGUGUGUGUGUGUGUGUGCGUUCUCCUUUCAAUAUAAUAGCAUUGCCAGUAUUUCACUUCUUCUGGGAAGAUUUUCAUUGGGUGCCUUGUGGCUACAAACGUUUGCUCAUUUAGAACGCCUCAUUGUGGUUCAUGUGAAGUGUGGUAGUUAAUACGGGACCCCUAUGUGUCAUUGAUUUGAUUUUCCGAUUAAAAGGACCAUAUUUAUAGUAUUUCCUUUCGGCGCGAGAUCGUAAGAUUGUUAGUCCCUUGUGUGGUUAUACCAAACCAUAAGACAAUAUCCUGAUCUGAUCCCUACCUUUAACCUUUAACCCUAACCUACAGGUGAUCUCUCCCAUCACCCUGACUCACACAUAGCACUCUCAGCACCAUCACUUACCUCAGACUUGCUCAGCAGCGCACCCUACUGUCUGUCAGUACUAACAUUCCAGUUCAGACGUUUUUCCACGGGCCCAGAAUGCCUUGUUGGCCUGCCCCUCUCCGGGCUGUUUUCUCUUUGUACACGUGCAUGCUUUUUAUAGAUAUAUUGAUCAUUAUAUCUUCAUAUCCAUAUCCAUCCGUCGGUAAUGUCUCCCUCUCCCUGUAGUUGAAGCCCUAUAUCAUCCAUAAUGUCCGUGAGAUUGAUGUAUUGAUCAUAGCGUCUAGGAGCAUGAGGAUUGAAAGCGUGAUAGUGUAGAUGAGGUCACUUCCUGCGUUGGAGCAAAGCUCUCAUCUACUUUAAUGCUCCAUUUUCUUCCUCGAAGGACAGACCCAUCUUAGGUUUUCUUUUUUCUUUUUUUUUUUUUCUUCGGUGUGUGUGCUCCCACUGCCACGACUCUGUGCGCUUUCUCAGCUGUCAAGGUCUGCUUUCUUACCGACUUGAAAGUGCUGUAGAACGAAUUUUAAACGAGAUAUUAAAAAUGUGACGUGCUUUAAGGA